AGGUCCGACAGCUUAUUAUAUUAUUUCGAAAAGCUGUGAUAAACACUAGACCUCGGUCUCCUCUCAUAUCACCUAGGUAUUUUCGAACAUUCCCAGUCCCUGUAACACAGAGAUCUCCGCUCUCCCUGCGAGAAAUCAUCAUCAUAGACGAUUGAAGACGAGAGGACAUACAACACACGACCAAUCCACCGGGCCAACCAGGGCCGAAUCCCACCCACAAGACUCUUCCCGCCAUGGCAUCCACCCCGCUGGACUACAACGAGAUCCACGAUUUCCUCAUCCAGAUCGCGCGUCGGGCCGGCGAGAUGGUCACCUCGGCCACGCCCGCGAUCAGCGGGCACGGGACGAAGAAGAACUCGGCCGACCUGGUGACGGAGACCGACCAGGCGGUGGAGGCGAUGGUGUCCGCGGAGCUGCGCGCGAGAUACCCCGAGAUCAGCUUCAUGGGCGAAGAGACGUACAAGCCGGGCGACGCGCUGACCUCCCAGCCCACCUUCAUCGUCGACCCGAUCGAUGGCACGACGAACUUCUUCCACGGCCACCCGUACAUGUGCGUCUCGCUGGGCUUGGCGGUGGACAAGAAGCCCGUCGUGGGCGUGAUAUAUAAUCCCUGGACGGAGCAGUUGUAUACGGGUAUCACCGGCCAGGGCUCGUUUUUGACAGAGGGGAAGACUGGGGAGAAGAAGAGGUUGCCGUUGAGGAGUCCGGAGCCGUUGCGGGAUCUAAGUCAUUGCUUGAUUGCCGUCGAGUGGGGAUCCGAUCGCGACGGGAACGAUUACGAUGUCAAAGUCAAGACCUUCCGGAAACUCUGUGCGAGUAAAGAGGAGGGUGGGGCGAUGGUCCAUGGGAUUCGGAGUCUCGGGUCCGCCGAGUUGAAUCUUUGCGGUGUGGCCGCGGGACAUUUGGAUUUGUACUGGGAGACCGGCUGUUGGGCGUGGGAUGUUUGCGCCGGGUGGGUGAUUCUUGAGGAGGCGGGCGGGAGGAUGGUGGGUGCGCAUCCGGGCGAUUGGGAACCCGCCGUGGAUCAGAGGAGGUACUUUGGUGUCAGAGGUGGGGAGGGACAGAAGGAGAUCAUCGAGGAAUUUUGGGGUUGUGUGGAGGGGAGGUUGGAGGUUGGGUAUGAUGCUCUGGAUAAGAAGUAGAGAUGCUUCGAUGCGGAAAUGUAAGAAGAGGAUAAUAUUGAUUUGAAUCUGCGUGGUGAUCCGACUCAUUUUGGAAGAUAUUACAUCGUGAUACAAUA